AUGGAACAAACAAACUACUUAGAGAGUGCGCUGAUAGUAACAGCCAUUCCAGCAAAGACAUUCAGUAUAAAAAGAGUUCCCAUACAUACUCCAAUGCAAUCUAAUGCUCCCCAGUUCUCUAAUUUACGAUCUGGGAGCAUAACGCUUGGAAGUUUUAAUAGUAAGAGUAUAGCAUCUGAUACAAAUAAUAGCGAACCAACACCCAUGACUGAGUCCUCAACAACUAAACAAGUUAAAAAUCUGAUAAUAGAGAAUAAUACGCUGACAAUUGGUGAUGGAAUGAAAAGAGCGUUUGGAGCAAGACUCCAAAUGGAUACCAGUGGUUUGAAGGUGAGGAGACGGGUGGAUCAAGAAGAAUUAGAAAAUGCAUUGAGAACUCCGAUCUCAGGAGAACUGUUUAAUGAAAGCCGGAAUAGAUCAUAUCAAUUAGAACUUGGGUUUCAUAAUUCAUCAAAAUCAGAUGAUUGCUGUGUCUUAGUUGAUUUAAACCAAUUUCCUGGGGCGAAAGAAGGGGAUUUAGCAGAGUUGCGCACAUAUCAUCAUUCCCCGUCAUCAAGGGAUAAGAAACUUUAUUUUAAAGUUCAAAACUUUGAUCCCGAGACACGUCGGAGACUUCCAAAUGCAAAUAUAUCUGUUCUGACUGGCCAGCUUCAACAAUUACUUGACCUUCCGUCGAGGUCUGCUGUGUGGGUUAAGCUGAAAUCGAAAGAUCACCAAGCGGACUUGGUAGAGCUACAUGUCAAAGACUGUUAUGUGAAUAGAGGGGAUAUGUGGUGUUUAUUAUCAAAAUUAACUGAUUCAUGCGUGUUUUUAGGGCAAAGGAUCACAUAUAUCAAUUCAAUUAGAUUGAUAGCAAAAGGAGUCUAUCGCAAUGGUAAAAAGGUUAUUUCAGGUUAUAUUGGUAAUAAUACUAAGGUGAUUUUUAGGUCUGAAUCUGCAAGGUUGAUCUUUUUAAUUCAGAUCACUGAGGAGAUGUGGCACUUUGAACAAAAUGGCGAAAAAACAUUUCAUAAGGUUGUUAAUUCCUUAUUUCCUAAGAUAUUCAAGAAAUGGAAAGAUAUUGGUACACAUCAUACUAUUACCAUUGUAUUUUGCGCAUCUAUUCAUGAAAGUGGAGAGUCAUAUAGGAAUCUCCCACCAGGUGUUCGGUUGAAAAACACUAGGGAUUAUUUUCGUAUUGUGGUUGACCAGGUUAAUAUUCUUUAUUGGAGUGAAAUCAUGAAGACUCUAAGAAAAGAAUUUAUGAGAAUUACGAGUGAUUUGAGAAAUGGUCAGACUGAUGAUGGGAGAAGUGUGAUUAGAGGUGGUUUUACUCCUGUUAUUAAAUCAAAUAUUUUAGAGACUAUUAAUUUUGCCACAACUUUGCUUGCCGAUCCGUUUAAACAACCUGACCUGAGGCACACAACAACUCAUAUAAUUCUGGUUAGUCCUGGAUCUGGUCUUUAUGAUGUUGAUUACGAUUUGUUAAAGAUAACCUGUAAAAAGCUACUCUCUCUGGAAGUUACAGCAGAUUUAAUAUGUCUUUCUCGAGCACCCUUGCAUAUUGUUCCGCUUUUUCGAUAUAUAGAUUACCAGGGUAAGCUGCAUUAUUGUGCACCAACUUGGUUAAGCAUAUCAUUUUGGAACGAUUCUGCAAGAUCGUUAAGAGACUGGCAACCAAGAUGCAAGAUAUAUGGAGUGCAGAUGAUGGGAAUGACAGAACAAAGUGUGCAUACUGAUAUUGCGUUGGGGUAUUUAAAUUCAAGGUUAGACGCCGACUCUGUUGUGCAUUUUAUGGACCAAUAUGAUAAGAAAGUGUUUGAUGUAAGCAACUAUUAUCCAACUUAUAAUACGGUUCAAUCCCCCGAAUUUAUUGAAGAAAAUUCUAUAGAAGAAGCAGCUACACACUCAAGACUCACCAACGAAGUACAGUCAAUCUUAUGGAAACCACCACGGACCUCAAUUCCGCUAGUAGAGCCCCCGAAUACCCAAAGCGUUGUGGUAAGCCUGCAGCAGCCGGGAAACAUAACCAACUUCUCAGAUGAUGAACUAACUGAUACAAGCUCUUCGACUUCAUCUCCAGAUGCCAUUGAAUCGUUGGCCUUGGCAAGCUUGAAGAAUAUGGCAUAUUCAGCACAGGGUUUAACAAAAAGAAUUGUUUCUAGAUUAAUACGAGAUAUUAAAACAAGGAAAGGUCGUAAUUCGCUCACAUCAAAUAGUGAGCAACAAUUACGACGGAGUGCAUAUAAUAUCUUGUCUAAUACUAAAAAUUUUGACCCUCAAUCACCUAAUUCAAAUCAUUUCUAUGUUUCUAAACAUAAUUUUCGUCCAUUUGACUCCGAUCGUCGGAGUAGUCCACCUUUAGAAAACGUCUCUAUUCAAGAUUCCAUUACUAUUGGUUCACCAAAUAAUUCCUUUGUAUUUGACAAGAAGCCUAUAGCAACAGAUGAAUCCAGCAAAAAGGACAUGAAGCUUGAAAGAUAUAUCAAAGAGAAAUCAUUGACAGAUACAUUAAUUCACAUUGAAAAUCCUUCUAAUCCUGUUAGCAGUGAAGUUGCAAACAUGUUAAUUCCUGAACGUUGGAAAGAUGUUUACCCUAGAUAUGUUGCUAAAAAGUAUAGUAAAUGGAGGUCCUUCACUACACCUGCUGAAUUACCGAUAACCAUGACACAGUUCCCCUCAAUUUCAGAUUUUGAAUCAAAUUUUAUUUUCAGAAAUCAUUCCGUUUCACUCAACAUUGACAGAGAGGUAUUUGGUCAAUCUACUUUCGAUUUGCUAAGAGAUAUGAUUUAUACUCGUCUACUGGCUGGUUUUCAAAUUUGCACCUCUGAAGUUAUUAAAAAUGUAGAAUCUAUGAAGAACAAUGACCGAAAUGUACCUGAGAUUGCCAAAUCCUUAUCGAAAGAUAACUAUAUGAAUGCACUAUAUUACAUGAUUCUUGAUAAUGAAAUACACAGAAUUAGUUGUGGCUAUAAUGGUACUAUCGAUGUACAAAGAUUUUUGAGAAGAACGGAAACGAAGAUCAUUGACUCAAUAGCGAAAUACAAUCCCUUAGUGAAAACGAGAUAUGAAACAUCAUAUAGAGAGUCACCCAUUGAUCCGCUGAGGACAACAAGGUCUUCUUUACGUUGGAAUCAGCUGGAUCAGGUGUUAGCCGGCUACGACGAUCCAAUGCUUGACAGUAAAAAGAUUAAAUUUAGGUCCAAAUUCGUUAUUCUCCCUGCUGAUAUUCCUCCAAACACAAUAUCAUCUACUAUUAAUGGCAAAAAAGAAACGUUGAGUGGAGAAGAAAUUAGAUUAGAAGGCCUAAGAAAGUUAAUAUCAUCUAUUUCAAAAUCUAGACUCAAUGGAAAUUGGGAUACAGAUUCAGUAGUCUCAAGAAAGGAAGAACUUCUACCUGAAGUGCACUUCUAUACUGGAUCGUUGUUUGAGUUUCUUGAAGAACAAAGUGAUACGUUAAGGCAUUUGGGAAAUUCAACAAAACGUUCGAUAUUAGAGGAGGGCAAGUUAUGCAAAGACAUUGAAUUAUCAAAAUUAGCACAAGAAUUGCAGUUCGGUGAUAGACCACUCAAACUCAUAAAUAGAAAGUGGCAUUUUAAAAAUCAUAAGAAUUGCUUCAUUGGACUGGAGUUUGUUAAUUGGUUGAUCGAAAACUUCUCUGACAUCGAUACUCGUGAUGAAGCUGUGGCUUAUGGACAACAGUUAAUGGGUGAUGGUUUGUUUCACCAUGUAGAGAGCAGGCAUGGCUUUUUAGAUGGACAUUAUUUUUAUCAGAUAUACCCACAAUACGCCGGUGUUUCCUUAGAAAAAAAGUCUAGCAACGAAGUAUCUACAAGCACUGACUCUCAGCAAGCUACUAGACGGAUGUCUAUAUCUACCACUUCUAGUAAACAUGCUUCUAAUACCCCUAUUCCCUUGGUUACUAAAGCACCUGAAGCUUCUCUUCUUGGAAAAAGCGUCGAAGAUAAUAAUUCUACUAGAACCCUGCUUAUAAGCACUGCUAUAGAUAUUAACUUGGAUCUUAGCGGUAACUCGGAUAAAUUAGAAACUUGCACUGUUCAUUAUGAUAGGGUUCACAAUCCCGAACAUUGUUUUCAUAUCAGACUUGAAUGGUUAACUGCAACACCGAAGUUAAUUGAUGAUCUCAUAAACAACUGGUCAAGAUUAUGCGAGCGCUAUGGACUCAGAUUGGUUGAGGUACCUUGGAAUGAGCUGUGUACUUUACCAUCAUUUAAUCCUUCCCAUUCCUUUGUCGAAACUAGUUUGGCAAUCAACCCUUGGAAAGAUCCAGAGUUUAAAGAUGAGGAGCUAUUUGCAUACCAGAAAUAUUUCUACCACGUCUCUUUAUUGGAACACUUUGGAUUCUUGCUUGAUAAUAGAGCAUCAAAAAUCCUUCAAAAAGAUGAAUUGCCCUACAAUGUUGUUUAUUCAUGGGGCAAACCAACUUUCAAGUAUGCCCAAUUCAUACAUAAUACCGGCGCCUGCAUGGCCGAAAUUCGUGAAAACGGGGAUUUGUUUUUAGCUCCAAAUAACGCAUACAUCUCUAGGAUCAAUAUUGGAAGCGUCGUUGGUAAUUUACAUGCCCCACCUAAAUUUGCCUUAAACUCGGGAAGCGUUAUGCUAACUUUCAAACAGACUUGUGAUGAUUAUACUAAACUACGUCAUGUUUUCUUAUCUGCUAAAGAAAAGUGGUUAGAACACAAGGACUCAAUAAAAGAACCCGAAGUGCUUGGGAAGCAAUCCGAGUAA